AUGGCGGACAGCUCAGCGAGGGAUUUUCAAAAUGAAUGUCGAGAUGAUAUCCCUUUGAAAGAGUCAGAUUCGAGAGGCGAUAUAAGUGACGAGGAGAUUGAGUAUCCGUCCACAAUCAAGUUUAUGCCUAUCCUUAUAGGACUCUGUUUUCAGUCAUUCUGCAUCGCUCUGGACAACACAAUUCUCGCGACAGCCGUACCGAAGAUUACCGAGCAAUUCAACUCGUUGGAAGAUAUUUCCUGGUAUGCAAGUGCGUACCUUCUCACAUCGUGCGCGGUUACCCUUCCCUUCGGCAAGAUAUACACCUAUUAUUCCACGAAACGGACAUACAUGAUCGCUCUCGCACUGUUUGAAAUUGGGUCAUUAGCAUGUGCUGCCACACCAACGUCCAAGGGAUUGAUAUUUGGAAGGGCGAUCGCAGGGAUUGGAUCGGGAGGCUUAUCGCCCGGUGCACUGUUGGUGCUUGUUAACAGUGUACCCCUCCACCGUCGCGCGCUUUACUUUGGAAUAAUUGGCAGUAUAAGUGGGAUUGCAACCGUUACUGGACCAUUAUUGGGUGGACUUUUAACAGAUCAUCUUAGUUGGCGAUGGUGCUUCUAUAUCAACCUUCCUCUUGGUGCGAUAACAUGGAUUUUUAUCGCUAUAUUUUUCAAAGAUGUGAAGCCUAGGAAAACAAUUGAGUCUGGAUGGAUGGACAAGGUGAAACGGAUGGAUCCAGUUGGGAUCUUGCUGUUUAUCCCUGCUAUUAUCUCGAUCCUGCUAGCCCUGCAGUGGGGUGGCACAACGUAUGAAUGGGGGAAUUUAAGAAUAAUUGUGCUAUUUGUACUGUUUUUCGUGCUUGCUAUUGGCUGGUGUUAUGUUCAGCACUGGAGACAAGAAGAAGCCACUGUCCCUCCCCGACUCCUUACGAACCGCAACGUCCUUGGUGCUGUCAUCCAUGCAACUUUUUUGGGAGGAUCGUUCUUUGUGUUCGGAUACUAUCUUCCUAUCUGGUUCCAGGCAAUUGAGCAGGUCUCGGCAUCCGAGUCUGGAAUCAACAAUCUCCCAAUGGUCGUAUCGAUGAUCGUCUGCUCAGCACUUGGGGGAUUACUCGUGAAUUUGAUUGGCUACUACACCCCCCUGAUGUACGUCGGCAGUGCCCUUCUUACAAUCGGCGCUGGUCUUUGUACUACAUUGCAUGUUCACAGCGGAAGCGGGACAUGGAUCGGCUACCAGGUUAUAAUAGGUAUUGGCGCAGGAGUCGGGUUUCAACAGUGCAUGAACUGUCUACAAACUGUGUUACCAUUGGAGGAUAUCCCGAUUGGAAGUGCGAUAAUCACAUUCGCUCAAAGCUUGAGCGCAGCAUUAUUUAUCUCCAUCGCACAAACUGUUUUUCAGAAUCAACUGGUCGCCAGUAUCACCGAAUAUGCGCCAACAGUGAGCCCCAGGGCUGUUAUCGAAGCUGGGGCGGCUCAUCUGUCACACAAAAUUUCUAACCAGACUCUCCCGUCUGUGUUGUAUGCUUACAACCUUGCAGUGACACGGACAUUUUAUGUUUCUCUCGUUGCUGGGACCUUUUCAUUUGUUGGAGCUGGGCUUGUUCAAUGGAAGUCCAUGAAAAGAACUCAGAAGUAUGCAUGA